AUGGUAGGCGCGCUUGACUUUGACACCAAGAAUUCCAAAGUGAGAAAAUCUACCGACAUCACACGAGACCCUCUCGUUUCUUCUUCAACCGCCCAAAAGAGCUUUCUCUCUCAUCACUCUCUUUCUUCCCCCUUUCCUUUCCCUCCAACUUGCAAACAAAACAGACCUUCGAGUCCUAUAAAUUGAGACUCUCUUUUCUUCGUUGGGUUCAUCUGGGUAUUCGAUAUUUGCUAAUUCGGGUUCAUCUGGGUAUUCGAUAUAUUUUCAAUUAGCAAAGUUCGAUUUGAUUUCAAGGUAAUAGUAGCAAUUUCUGUGGGGAUUUUCGAUAGCCAUGGAAUAUGUCAGUUUGGUGGACACUUCAUUGGAUCUAAAUUCCAAACCUCUGAGACUCAUCGACGAUACACCGAAACUAGAGGUGCAAAGCAAUUUCAUUCAGCUAGGAAGGCAGGCGAUUGUGAAAGAAGAGGUUCAAAGUCCUAGUACUGCUCUAGUAGAGGAAUUGAACAGAGUGAAAACAGAAAACAAGAAGCUGACAGAAAUGCUGACUGUUUUGUGUGAGAACUACACUGUUUUGAGAACCCAAUUGAUGGAUUACAUAAGCAAAUAUCCUCCGGCGGGGGAGGAGGAGGAGCAACCGGUCGUGUCAAGGAAGAGGAAGGCAGAGAGCACCGCCGUUGCCGCCGCCACCACCACUAACACCAACAAUAUUGGUAACAACUACAACAGGGGAAGUAAUGGAGGAAAUUCAGAGAGUAGCUCAACUGAUGAAGAUUCAUGUAAGAAACCAAGGGAAGAACAUGUCAAGGCCACAAUCUCUAGGACUUAUGUCCGAACUGAAGCAUCUGAUACAAGCCUUAUAGUGAAGGAUGGAUAUCAAUGGAGGAAAUACGGCCAAAAGGUGACUAGAGACAACCCUUGUCCAAGAGCUUACUUCAAGUGCUCUUUUGCUCCUACCUGCCCCGUCAAGAAGAAGGUGCAAAGAAGUAUGGAAGAUCAAUCCCUUUUGGUUGCAACAUAUGAAGGGGAGCACAACCACCCACACCCAUCAAGAAUUGAAGCAACAACCCCCUCAAACCUGAGUAUGACACUAAAUUCAGUCCCAGCUUCCCUCAGCUCAUCUGGACCCACCAUCACUCUUGAUGCUACAAAAAAACCUAAGCCCAGCUCUUCUAAUGGUGCCAAAAACUCGAGCCGGGCGACGGUCAAUUCGCCAGAAUUUCAGCAGUUUUUGGUUCAACAAAUGGCAUCUUCCUUGACGAAAGAUCCCGGUUUCAAAGCCGCAUUGGCGGCUGCCAUAUCGGGAAGAAUUGUCCAGCAUAAUGAGAUUGAGAAAUGGUGAAAAAGGCCAAAAAAAAUCAGGGAAUUUAGUUUCAUCUGUUUGGUCGUUUGAUUAGUUUGGAAUGUUCUAAUUGAUGUAAAUACUGAACUAGAGAAAAGAAAUGAAUAUGUGGAUUUCCCUAACACAGGUUUACUACCUUUCUACUUGAAGCUGCGACUUUUGCCUAUUCUACUACACCAUGAACAUAGUAUA